GCAGGCUGUUCCGUUGAUCGGAUCAACUGUAACACUCGACGUCGUAAGCGAUAGAGUACCACCAACAACAACAUAUACUCAUAUUUUGAGUUGUAUUCAUGUUUGCGCCACCGUACCUAUUCACACACGACACACGCACACAUGUGUAUAUAUACAGAUGGAUAGAUAGAUAAAAAGACAUUCGUUUUUGGAGUUGUGGAUCUUGUGCUCAUUCAGCUAUACAUAAAAACAAGUAAAUAUCCGAUGGUAGCUUAGCUGCCACCGACACUGCCGCGAAGAACCCGUUUCGAUAAAAAAGAAGUCACACGCGUAGCUUUCUGUGAAACUUAUCGUCUGGAGUUGGCGAAAUAUUUACAUGACUAGAAACAGACGAAUGUUGGCGAUAGGCAAGUCAUCCAGUUACAUGAAAUGUGCCGCCUCUAAAAGUUCCACCUGCCUCAUCCAAAUAUGGAAAUGGUAGCGUUAAACGUUGUGUGUUGUGGGGUGAUGGUGUGGUGUGGUGCGGUGGUAAUGUGUGUUGUGUUGUGAUGUGGUGUGGUAGUAUGUGGUGUGGUGGUGAACUCACAUGUAAUAUAUAUUGUAAUAUAUAAUAUAUUUUGUUUUAAGCUGUUGGACAGGCUAAAGUGAUGAUGUCUAAGUGCAGCAACUCCAAAGUUUGGUAUCACGCUUUAACGAUGUAUUAAUAAACACUUCUACGGAAUAAAUUAAUUUAUUUAACGACUUCUCUUUACAGAUAAUAGAAAACUCUAGUACCAAAGCAAAUACUAAAAUUAACGGCCAUAUUAUUGCUGCAAAUGUUCCUAACGUUAAUAUAACCAGCCUUGAUGAACCAGUUACAAUAUCAUUCAAUGUAAUAGAUCAGAAUGCCACCAACCCACAAUGUGUCUAUUGGGAUGACUCCCCAGAGCGGAAUCCCCACUGGUCAACAAAGGGCUGUGAUGUAUCCAACUAUGAACCUGGAAAGAAAGUACUUUGUUCUUGUAACCAUCUUACAAGUUUUACCAUACUAAUGGAUGUCUACCAGAAUGAAGGAGAUGUAAAGAAUAAAGAACUCUUGUCUAUUAUUUCUAACAUUGGCUGUGGAAUAUCAUUUGUCUGUCUCGUUCUCACAGUAAUAGUCCAUGUUUAUUUCAAAAGUCUAUGGAAAUUAAUGUCUUCAAAGAUUUUAGUAAAUUUGAGCAUUUCUUUAGCUGCCACUUAUCUUACCUUUCUUGUUGGGUUCCAAGCAUAUAGUACAAAAAUAACAGCUGUUUGUAAGGCAGCGGCUGCGGUGUUACACUACUUCCUUCUAACAUCUUUCAUGUGGAUGAGUGUAGAAGCACUUCAUAUAUAUCUAGGCCUGUUUGUAUUCAAAACCAUUCGAUCAUCUUUUAUCAAGAGGAGUUCAAUUUUGGUCUGGGGUCUUCCAGCUGUCAUUGUCACAAUUACUCUGGCAACUAACCACACAAACAAUUACAGCGUAACUGAACAAGUCUGUUGGUUAUCCAACACAGCUUUCUAUGCAGCUUUCCUGGCUCCCGCGGUGAUCAUUCUCCUCUUCAACCUUAUCAUGUUUUCUUUUGUUAUGCGGCGACUUAAAGCAAUGCAAAAUGACGAACAAGUUGAACACAAAACAAACAAAGUACGUGUUUUUGGUAUCGUUGGUUUGUGCUUUCUGCUAGGAUUCUGCUGGAUCUUAGCAUUCUUCGCUUUCCACGAAGCAGCAGAAGUGUUUAAAUAUCUCUUUGCCAUCUUCAAUACCCUUCAAGGAAUGUUCAUCUUCAUAUGUUACUGUAUAUACAAAAAAGAUACCAGAGAUGUGAUCUAUCCAUGUGUAUGUAAACGAAAAGCACGGAAGCUGGGGAAAGUUCCGAAGAAUAUGAAAAAUUCAAAUUCCGAGCAUGAAAUAAAUGUAUAGUAGCAGAAACAAACUUAUAAAUGAAAAGCAAGAAAAUGUCUUCAAGAGAGGUCUCUGGUUAUAUUUUACGUCAAAAAACUAAAUGUUCUUAUAUUACAUUAAACCCAGUAAAUAUAUAUUCUCGCUGAAAAUUUCAUAUUUACUCUUUUUUGCUUUCGCAGAUAAUCUGUAUCACACACACACACACACACACACACACAC